AUGGAAGAUUUGGUGAUGCUGUCAGAAGCAGAUGCACAGUUAAGUGAGCAGAAAUUAAUAAAUGAAGACCUCCAAAAGGAGAAAGAUAUCCUACAGGAACGGUAUGAAUCUCUAGUUAAAGAUUUGGAGGAAAAUCAGGAAGCUGAGAGAAUGGCAAAGACAAAG